CGUUUGCAUUGGCGUGGAUGCCGCUGUGGGAUAAUCAGGCCUUCAUGCGGGAUGGCCCGCAUUCUCUGGUCCUCCACGCUUAUGACAAGCACACGUCGAACGUUGAGAGCGGGAAAGGUGUCUACUUGUCUCUUCCAUGGAAUGCGCUCGGGAAGAAUGAAUCGACUAAGGAUGAGGCGGUUACUGGGCCCAUGUCAUCCUUGCGUCUGGAGACCUACCUGUGCAGCACCGAGUAUUCCCAAGACCAGGCGAUCCUGAGCCUCUUGAACUGGAGAGAACGACCCGUGGACGACCUCCUAGAUACCCUCCGGAGGGUGCUCUUCGUGCCUGAAAUGGAGAUUGUCAAGCAACUCAGCGGUGUUUUCGAUUCGCUCUUCGGUAUCUUGGUUGAAAACGCAGGGAACGAGGAAUACGAAGAUUUGAUAUUCCAUGACCUUGUGAUGGUACUCGGUAUCGUCCAUGACCGCCGGUUCAACUUAGGACCGUUGGUCGAUCACUACGCCGACAACCAGUUCAAUUUCCCAUUCGUCACACCAUGCCUCAUUCGCAGCUACCUUCGUCUCCUCCGUGCCAAUUCGGACGCUGAACAGUCUCGGAAUUUGCGUUCCACGUUCAAGGUCGGACGGCAUGUGCUCAAGUUCAUCAUCAACGCUCGACAGCAGCAGCAGGCCAAGGAAGAGGGCAUUGGGAUCACCAAGGUCGGAUCGACUUUCAGCCGCGACAUUCACACGAUAUUCCAAUCGCUCGAGUCGCUGAUGAAGAAUCCGUCACCAGCUAUGGUUGGAAGCAAGACGCUCAUCGUUCAGCACUUCCACACAUGGCUCCCCGAACUUUCCAAGGUGCUGCCCAAGGAUGAGAUUUUCAUGAUCGCUCUCAGCUUUAUGGACUCGUGCAAGGAUGUUACGGGCAUGUUGAUUCUCUACAAGCUGAUCCUGAUUCAGCACUAUACCCAGUUCGAGGUCUUUGCUUCGGGGCAGGAACGAGAGAGUUUGAUCUCCUGCUGUAUCAGCUGGUUAGCUCCUUACUGGGGUGCAAUUGGGCAUGUUUCUGAUCUAUAUCGGGAUCAAGUCCGCUUGUGUUGCGCGAUUGUUGCCCAGCUGUUGGCACAGCCGAAUCCACAGCUGUACGAGUUCAUGCCCAGAAUCUUUGCGUCGUAUUGCUCUAUUAUCCCGGACGGUGUGGAGGAGACUGAGUACUUGUCCUUGCUCUUCAGCAAGACCUUCCCGUUCCAGGUCAAAACAUGCAAAACCAAGCAAAAAUUCGAUGAGGCUCUUGUGGAGUUGGCGGCCGUCAUGGCGGCCACGGCCAAGAUCCCGAAACCCAAGCCGCUGGCGCUCAAGGAUUUGGAACUUUCUACGUUCCUUGCUCAGGCAUUCGAGGCGCACAAUUCGAUCUUGGAUUGUGAGGCAUACCCAGAGAGCUGGCUUAGUAUGCAUGUGUACAACCACCGCGCCACGGUGAAGAGUCUGGAGCAUUUGGGUUCGAUGAUGGUCGACAAGUUCCUGCCGGCGCCGGACGAUGCUGAUACCUUCGACACCAAACUCUGGGAGUGCUACUUCAUGACGCUACUCAAAGUUGUUUCUAGUGAUGCCUUGGCCCUGGAGACCUUCCCCGAACAGAAACGGCGUGCUGUGUGGAAGAUUGCGGGCGAUGUUCGAGAGCAAGGAGCAGAUCUCUUGCAUUCGAGCUGGGAAGCGAUCGGCUGGGAAACGUCCGACGAGGAGAGAGAACGGUACGGCCUGAGGAAGCUUGGUGGCUAUCAGGUUCAAUACGUUCCCAACCUCAUCUACCCUAUCAUGGAGCUCUGUCUUAGCGUCCAUGAAGGUCUGCGCCAUGUUGCGGUCGAACUCUUGCGAUCGAUGAUCCUGAGCGAAUGGGAUCUGAACCAGGACUUGUCUAUCAUUGAGACGGAGAUUAUCUCGAGUCUGGACAGUCUCUUCAAGACCAAGCACAUGAACGAAAGCAUCCUCCAGAAACUGUUCGUUAGUGAGUUGCUCGGCCACUUUGAUGGUUACGAGACGUUUGAUGAAGAUCUCUCGAAUGCGGUCAAGGGUCUCAUCACGACUGUUGACGAGCUGCUGGAUCUGUUUGUUGCUUCUCAGAGCGGUUCUGUAACGGAAAGCUUCAACACGCUGAGAUUGAUGGAGUACAUGAAGGAUAUGGGCCGAGAGGACAUCUUCAUCCGUUACGUCCAUGAACUUGCCAAUGCGCAGGCGGCUGCGGGCUACUUCACUGAGGCCGGUUUGGCUCUUCAAUUCCACGCCGAUCUGUACGACUGGGAUCCCAACAAAUACGUUCCGGAAAUCCUCAACCCUGCCUUCCCUGAGCAGAGCUCGUUCGAGCGAAAGGAAUCGCUGUACUUCUCCAUUAUCCAGCACUUUGAGGAUGCUAAAGCUUGGGCACAUGCUCUUGUUUGCUACAAGGAGUUGGCCCAGCAAUACGAGUACAUAAUGAUGGACUUUGCCAAACUGUCGCGGGCGCAGGGCUCCAUGGCCAAGAUUCACGAGUACAUCGCCAAGGAGGAAAAGCAGUUUAGUCGGUACUUCCGCGUCGUCUACAAGGGUCUCGGGUUUGCGCCUACAUUACGAGACAAGGAAUACAUCUUCGAGUGUCUCCCGACCGAGCGGAUGGCGACGUUCAUCGAUCGGAUGCAACGUGAGCACCCGGCAGCGCAGGUUGUGUCUUCGGGUGAUAUUCGCGAUUACGAGGGCCAGUUCUUGCAGAUCACUCCUGUCAGUCCUCAGCGUGAUAUGAACCAUCCCGUCUACCAGCGGACCAAGGUUCCUCAGUCUGUUAGGGAGCAUCUGGUGAUUUCUGAACCGUGCCGCUUCUCGUCUACCCUGAAGAGACAUGUCAACAGUGCGAAUGUUGAAGAGCAAUGGGUUGAGAAGGCUAUCUUCUCGACUGCAGAGCCAUUCCCCAACAUCCUGCGCAGGAGUGAAAUAGUCUCCAUUGAAGAGAUCACGUUGUCGCCCUUGCAGACCGCACUGGAGCGGACAUGGCGCAAGACACAAGAGCUGUCAUUAUUGACACGGAAGGCGGCGGCCGGUGAAGAUCUUAGCUUGACAAACCUGACAGAGGCACUGCAGCAGUUGCUUGAAGUCAGCAGCUCGUCGCCUAGCUGUGUGGCGCUGUAUCGCCAAUUCCUUUCCGAGACUUCCAAGAAGGACGAAGAAGGCGGCAAUAGUGAAGAAGACGAGUCUACUGAAGAAGACGAGACUGCAGAGACCCCCAAGCCUGUCGAUCCCUUGGAAAGCGCUUUGGCCGUGGCGCUUCUCGACCAUGCCUUGGUCAUCAAGCACGCUCUGUCUUUGUACGGUCGUCCAGCAUACCAGGCGACUCAGGCUGAGUUAAUGCGCCGCUUUGAAGAGUCCUUCUCGCCGGAGAUAGCAUCUCUUGCUUCGACUACUGCUCCGGAACCAUCACCGUUGCCGUCUCAGCGCCAAUCUCCGAACCCCAUGGAUUCCCGUCAGCAGCAGCCAGCAGGGCGGGUUAGCCCCGAGCAAGAGUUGAUCCGAUCGUCUCGGAUUAGCCACAGCCGCAAGCACUCGACGAGGCAAUCUGUCAGUCAUCGGAUCGGCAGCAUGAACCCGUUCAAGCGAUCCCACCAUGGAGCGAAUGGCUCCGUUUCCAAAGCGGUCGCUGAGACGAGGCAGGCGCUCGAGGGCAGAUCUAAUGGUACUUUGACCGAGCACGCGGAAGAAAACGGCGAUCCCGACAAUGAGACCGCUACGAUCAACAGCCGGACGACUAGCCAUUCCCGGGAGACUCACUCUAAGCGCCGGAGCUUCUUUGGUAUUGACAAGCCGUACAACCAUGGCUCGUCGUUGUCAAUCGCGGCUAGCAUUACUACUGACGAUGCGCACAAGCACAGGAAGCAACUUUCGAGAAGCACCUCUCGGGAUAUAGCGGCUAAGCCGUCGCAUGACAUUCGCAUUCAGCCUGUAGCUCCACAAAAUGGCGGUCCUAAGUCGCCUACUAGCCCGCAUGCUGGUUGGAGCACAAUUCCCUCUGUGAGAGAGUCGCCACGGCCGGCAACGGGGCAGCAGAGUGUCAACUCGAUCAAGAGUCCCAAGAGCCCGACUUCGCCUACCGGUGGCGGUGUUCGGGACUCCGUGAUGAAGCGAUUCAGUCUGCUCAGAGGAGUUGGACGGAAGAACAGUCGUCUUGAUUUCAAGGCAGAUACUCAUGGUGGCUUGGUCCAUGAAGAGUGAGGUCUUCUUUUUCUUUCUUCCUUUUAUAUGAAAAUUAUUUCUUGUCUACAUAUCAAUUUCCCCUUGUCUCUUCUAUUGUUUAUUGUUUAAUGUCUGGACAUCACCAAUUCCCGUCAGCGUUGGUUCUGGUUUGGUUUAUUACAAGCAUUUUAUUACCCUGUGUUUGUUGUCUUUUGCAUUGUGGCG